CAAUAAUUUCGCAAAUUUUGUGUAAAGCCAACAGCCAUUUUUUCCGGGUCAAUUUAUUGUUUGAAAACUAUAACUUUGAAAAAUGGAAGCAGCUACGGAAAUGACCACAGAGCAAUUGGAGUUCAUGGAGAUCAUGAUCGCAUCUGACAUUAAUAAUGACGCGCUUUUGCUUGAAAAAGCUGGAAAGCAUGAAGAAGCUGAGGUGAAAUACCUAGAAGCACUUAGAAUGAAAGAACAAUGCAGUCGUGCAACUGCACUCGGUGUUGCUCUUACGCAGAAUGCCCUUGGAGAGCUGUACAUGAAGAUGGGAAGGCUUGAUGAGGCGUACGAACUGUUACAAAAGGCGUACCAAGCUCGCCGUGUUAUUAAUAGCUUCGAUAAAACGUGUACGGCUGACAAUUUGGGAAGACUUUUUGAGAUGAAAGGAGACCCGGUAAAAGCUGCUGAAUGGCGUACAGUAAAUGGGCCGAAUCGAUUGAUUUGCUCCUACUUCGAUUGUCCCAAAUCACAAAAGUGCUACUUCUCCAAACUUAACGACCUUAAGAAGUGCGCCAAGUGUAAAUGCGUCUUCUAUUGUGACAGGACAUGCCAAACGGUGGAUUGGCAACGACACAAACCGUAUUGUAAGGUACUUAGUAAGGCUGCUGAAUGAGACGAUAUGAUGUGCAACGAAACGACGGAAUUCAAGUCAAUUGAAAAAAAUAUUUUGAGAAAAAGUUCUGUUUGUGUGAAUAAAUGUAUCCUACCGUUUUGUUGUCCGUUAUGAGUAAAUAAAAUUUUAUUUUCGGCAA